AGACCCAACCAAAGCCUCGCAAAUAUCUCUGUGCACACUUCCAAUGGACCGCCUGAUCCUUCUCUUUGCUGUUCUCUUCAGCCUCGUCCUUUUAUCCUCCGCCGUCGACGAAUUCGACGUCGACGGCGUUGACGACGAUCUCCUGAUCCGCCAGGUGGUACCGGACGGCGACGAUCCUUUGCUCCACGCGGAGCGCCAUUUCUCGACCUUCAAGGCCAAGUUCGGGAAGAGUUAUGCGAGUCAAGAGGAGCACGACUACAGGUUCGGCGUGUUCAAGGCCAACCUGCGCCGAGCCAAGCUUCACCAGAAGCUGGACUCCAGCGCCGUCCACGGCGUCACCAAGUUUUCCGAUCUCACUCCGGAGGAAUUCCGGCGACAGUUCCUUGGCCUGAAGCGUGUUCAGCUUCCGGCUGACGCCAACAAAGCUCCGAUCCUUCCCACCAACGAUCUCCCCACCGACUUUGACUGGCGUGAUCAGGGCGCUGUGACGGGCGUUAAAGACCAGGGUUCUUGUGGAUCGUGCUGGUCGUUUAGUACAACGGGGGCACUGGAAGGAGCGCAUUAUUUGGAGACUGGGGAGCUCGUGAGCCUAAGUGAACAGCAGCUUGUGGAUUGUGACCAUGAGUGUGAUCCUGAAGAAUAUGGUGCUUGCGACUCGGGCUGUAAUGGUGGGCUGAUGACCACUGCCUUCGAGUACACCCUCAAGGCUGGUGGACUAGAGAGAGAGAAGGACUAUCCUUACACUGGGACUGAUCGUGGCUCCUGCAAAUUUGACAAGAGCAAGAUUGCUGUUUCUGUGUCUAACUUCAGUGUCGUUUCCGUUGAUGAAGAUCAAAUUGCCGCAAAUUUGGUGAAGAAUGGCCCUCUUGCAAUUGGCAUCAAUGCAGCUUUCAUGCAGACAUACAUGAAAGGAGUCUCAUGCCCAUAUAUAUGCGGGAGGCAUCUGGAUCAUGGGGUGCUUUUGGUGGGGUACGGGUCUGCUGGUUAUUCACCUAUCAGGUUUAAGAAUAAGCCAUACUGGAUCAUAAAGAACUCUUGGGGAGAAAACUGGGGAGAGAAUGGAUAUUACAAGAUCUGCAGGGGCCGUAAUGUAUGCGGCGUUGAUUCCAUGGUCUCUACCGUAGCUGCUAUACAUACCACCAAUCAGUAAUAAUAUUGUGCUUGGCAAGUGGAGGCGCGCGUUGUAAAUAAUAUGAUGUAUUUAUAUGGAGUUCUAGACUCCUAUCAGCUCUUGAUGCUCCCAUGAACUUUGCUUGGACACAAAGUUUGGCUGGCUUGCUCUUGCAAGUUCAUAGCAUAAUUGGCCUAUUUUAAAACUCUGUUGUGUUAUAUAUGUUUGCUUAUUGAAAGGAAACUCCCCCUUGGCUCAA